GCACAACCUUCCGAAACAAAAACAGGUGGAAAAAAAUAACCCUUUUUUAAAACGACUUUGAGUGAGUGACCACAAAAUAGCGAGAGAACACUAAAUACAAAGACGAUCUCCGGUGAAUAUCUGUGGGUUUUCCAACCAUUUCGAAGCUCUCAAUUCUCUGUGAUUUUGAGCUAUUCGAGCUUUCAGGAUUUACAAAGUGAAAGCAGUUGUUAUCUAUUAUGGGGGGAGAAGAGGCAGUUUCAGAAACUGUCGUGGUAUCAGGAAAUGGAAUUCGUGAGGUAGGUAAGAAGGAGAAAGUUUUAUCUGGAAAGAAAGAGAGUGGUGAGAAUGGGGUGACAAACAAAGAGGAUGUGCAGGGAAGUAAGAAAGGGAAAGAUGUGGAAAAGGAUCAAGUAACCGAUUUGAAGGAAGAGAAGGGGAAAGAAGAAGAGGAACCCAAAGAAGCUGUGAAGGGUGAUGAAGGAAACGAUUCGAAGGAAGAGAAGGGUAAAGGAGAGCAGGGACCAGCUGUGAAGGCUGGUGAAGAAAAGGAUUCUGUAGAGGAGAAUGGCAAAGAAGAAGAAGAUAAACAAGCUUUGAAGGCUAAUGAAGAAAAUGGUUUAAAGGAACACGAAACAGCAGCUGAAGUUGUGAAAGCCGAUGAUGAAAAAGAUACAGUGGAAGAUAGAGAUAAAGAACUUGAGCAGGAAGAAGUAGCUGAAGAUCUGAAGGCGGGAGCAAACAGAGAGAAACAAUCAGCUCAAGCUGUGAAAGCUAACGAAGAAAAUGCUCCGGUGGAAGAAAAAGACAACAGGGAAGAACAGGGGGAAGCAAAAGAAGUCGAUAAGACGGCUGAAGUGAGCAAUGCUGAAGAAGAAAUGCCAAAUGAGAGCGAGGAAGAAAAACAACCAAAAAAGCGUGUAAAAGGAAAGCGAAGUGGUGGAAAAGCAGAAACUGAAAAAGCCGAGGUGAGCGAGAAAAAAGUUAAGGAGCCAGUGACUCCUGUGUCCUUUACAUUUGAUCGUCCUGUACGUGAGCGGAAAUCUGUCGAGAGGCUGGUUGCUGUUGUUGAAAAAGACACAUCCAAGAAAUUUCGUAUUGAGAAGGGUCGUGGCACUGCGCUAAAAGAUAUACCCAAUGUUGCUUUUAAGCUUAAGAAGAAAAAGACUGACGAGACAUACAAAAUGUUACAUGCCAUACUUUUUGGGAGAAAAGCAAAGGCAUUCAAGAACAACCUUUCCCAGUUUUCUGGCUUUGCAUGGCAUGAAAAUGAGGAAAAGCACAAAAGUAAAAUCAAAGAGAAACUCGACAAGUAUGUUAAAGAGAAACUGUUGGAGUUCUGUGACGUGCUUGACAUACGUGUUACCAAGUCUACGUCCAGAAAGGAGGACAUUGUUGCACAGCUGCUAGACUUUUUGGCUGCACCUCAUGCUACGACUGAUGUCUUAUUAGCAGAGACUGACCAGUCAAGUUCAAAACGGAGGAGCUCCAAUUCGAAAGUUGCGUCAACAUCCGGCGGCACAACUGCAAAGCGCUCGCCAGCGAAAAGAAGAAAGACUGAUGAUUCUGCUAAAGAUGAAGAAAAGAAGAACUCGGGUGAUUCGGAAAAUGAAUCUGAUGAAGAAGACAAGGAAAAUGCGAAUGGAGCUCCUGAUGCGUCCGAGGAUGAGGUCCCUGAGCAGUCUGAAAGCAAGGAUGAGGACCACAACUCAGAAGACGAAGAAGUGGAAGUGCCUAAAAAGGGUUCAGUCAAAUCAUCAGCAAAGAAGGAAGCUUCUGCAAAAACUGUGUCUAACAAAUCUCCUACACCAAAGAAAACCACUGCUGUCAGCUCAUCUAAAAAGAGCUCUGGGAAAUCAUCAUCCAAGCACUCUAAGGUUGAUAGCAGUACAACUCCAGUGGUCUCCUCAAAGAAGAAAAUGGAUGUGGAACCAACUAAAAGGAAACACACAACUCCGUCCAAAUACGCCGCCAAUGAAUCCUCAACCAAGAACAAAGGUAAAAAGGUGGUGAAAGGAAAAGAUAAGCCAAAGAAGAAAGGUUCUGAUCCAUCCGAAGAUGAAUUACGGGACACAAUUGCUGAGAUUCUGAAAGAAGUUGACUUUAACACGGCAACAUUCACCGACAUUCUCAAGCGACUUGCUGCUCAUUAUGAUAUGGAUCUUACACCUAGGAAGGAACGUAUUAAACAUUUGAUCCAGGAAGAGUUGACCAAACUAGCCGAUGAAGAGGAAGAAAAUGAAGAGGACGAUGAAGGUGAUUCCGAAAAGGACGAGGUUCCCGAACCUGCUGCGAAAAAGGUGAAAACUUGAUCAGUAUGAUCAUACUAACUAGAAGGGAUGUAUUUACUGUCUUUCUUAUCUGUGUUAUAUUAGUAAAUUAUGUGAUCAUUGUACCCAACCACCAGUAGGGACAAGCUGACAUAAUAAACAACAGUCGGAGUUUUUCCUUUUUUCUCUUUAUGAAGUGAAGACAUGCAAGGAAGCAGUUAGACGUUGCAACUGCUCAAUAUGCAUCCGAGUUGGCAAGCCAUAUCUAUAGCUGUAACUAUUCUCAAUCUCUCUUCUUUAACUGACUCUACCUUACUUGGCUAUGCUUUCAGUUCGGGGAAUCAAAGUGAUCUGUAAUAUCUAUUUAUUAGGUAGCCCGUAACUACAUAUGUUUUAUAUAAUUAUAAAAUUAAAAAUGUGAGAUUGUUUUAAGGGAA